AUGCGCGUCCUCCAGCUCCUAUCCAGCCUCCUGGCCUACCUAACCCUCGCCUCCGCAACCGCCCUCACCUACAAGCUCGCCGCGAACGAGAAGUCCUGCUUCUUCACCAAUGUGCAGCAGAAGGGCGCCAAGGUUGCGUUUUACUUUGCUGUCCAAUCCGGCGGCUCCUUCGACGUCGGCUUCUCGGUCGUCGGCCCCAACGAGAGGAUCAUCAUGGACGGCACCAAGGAGCGCCAGGGCGACUUCGUCUUCACGGCCAACGACGUGGGCGAGUAUCGGUUCUGCUUCGACAACGAGAUGAGCACGUUUGCGGAGAAGAUGGUGGAUUUCGAGGUUGCCGUCGAAAACGAAUCCCGCGCCCAGCUCCCCAGCAAGCAAGGCACCUCGCCCGAACAAACCACAGUGCUCGAAGAGUCGAUCCUCAAGCUCUCCGCCCAGCUCUCCACCAUCAACCGGAACCAGAAGUACUUCCGGACGCGCGAGAACCGCAACUUCAGCACCGUGCGGAGCACCGAGCGGCGCAUCUUCAACUUCAGCGUCAUCGAGGGCGUCAUGAUGGUCAGCAUGGCCGGGCUGCAGGUGUUUAUCGUGAGGUUCUUUUUCCAGGGGGCCAGGAAAGGUGAGUGCGAAAUCUGGGAGGGUUGA